UCUCAGCUUCCCUCUCUCUGCAAAAAAAAAAAAGCUUUCUUGAAAAGCUCUCUUUUUCUCCUCUCCAAGCUUAGAGAUAAAGCUCAACCCCUUCCCAUGGCUCCCAAGGGAGACAACGUCGUCGUUCCGAACAUGAAACUCGAGCGAAUGCUCAGCAUGAAAGGCGGCAAAGGCGAAGCAAGCUAUGCCAACAACUCCCAAGCUCAGGCUCAACAUGCGAGAUCAAUGCUUCAUCUUCUGAAAGAAACGUUGGACGGAGUUCAUCUGAACUCGCCGGAAGUGCCGUUCGUGGUGGUGGAUCUGGGCUGCUCAUGCGGCAGCAACACCAUUUACAUCGUCGACGUCAUCAUAAAGCACAUAAUAAAGCGCUACGAGGCCUUGGGCGCCGACUCGCCGGAGUUCACCGCCUUUUUCUCCGACCUCCCUGGAAAUGACUUCAAUACCCUUUUCCAGCUCCUCCCCCCCUUCGCCACCUACGGCGACGGCGGCAGCAUGGAGGAGUGCCUCGCCGCCGACAACCACCGCUCCUACUUCGCCGCCGGCGUCCCCGGCUCCUUCUACCGCCGCCUCUUCCCGGCCAGCUCCAUCGACGUCUUCCACUCCGCCUUCUCCUUGCAUUGGCUCUCUCAGGUACCGGAGAGCGUGGUGGAGGGGAGAUCGCCGGCGUACAACAAAGGGAGAGUGUUCAUCCAUGGCGCAGAGGAGGCGACGGCGGUGGCGUACCGGAAGCAGUUUCAGACGGACCUGGCCGGAUUCCUCCGAGCCAGGGCUCAGGAGCUGAAGAGGGGUGGGUCCAUGUUUCUUGUCUGCUUGGGACGAACCUCCGUGGAUCCCACCGAUCAAGGUGGGGCCGGCCUCCUCUUCGGGACCCACUUUCAGGAUGCUUGGGAUGAUCUUGUCCAAGAGGGAUUAAUAAGUAAUGAAAAACGAGACAGUUUCAACAUUCCAGUGUAUGCAGCAAGUCUUCAGGACUUCAAGGAGGUAGUAGAAGCAGAUGGCUCAUUUUCCAUAAACAAGCUAGAAGUUUUCAAAGGAGGUAGUCCACUAGUGGUGAACCAGCCCAACAAUUCAACGGAAGUUGGCAAAGCUUUGGUCAACACUUGCCGAAGCGUCGUGGGCGUGCUCAUCGAUGCCCACAUCGGCGAUCGGCUCAGCGAGGAGCUCUUCUCUCGAGUCGAACGUCGAGCCACAAGCCACGCCAAAGACCUUCUUGAGAAGCUCCAAUUCUUCCAUAUUGUGGCAUCACUUUCCCUUGCAUAAACAAGGCCAAAAACUUGCCCAUUUCUACCCUCUUUUGGUGUUUGCUUCAGCCUUUUGUGGAUGAUACAUAGAAAAGAAAAGGGAAUCAAACAGGCAAAAGAGAGAGGUCAAAGGGGCAGCUUUGCCAUUAUUUUUCUGGUCUCUUUUGAAGGUUUUUUUUUUUGUUCAUUAUAUGACUUUGUAGUGUGAUGUUAUGAGUCAUUUACUGACUUUUGUAGUUAUAUGUGUUUACAGUUGAUGGGCUUUGGUUGUUGCCCUCUAAUUGGCUUUGGAAACCCCCAAAAGAAAUAGUAGAGACUAGAGAGAAAAAAGCCAAGUGUAACCCCAUAUAUAUCAUGUCUAUAAAUGUCAAAAGUCUCUUUGAAUGCAA